CGUCAACUGUACUAUCAAUCCUUACAUACGACAUCAUCAUGUGUUCUGAAUCUGCAGCAUUUUAUUUUUGUCUAACUUGUCUGUUGAUACCAAGUCAUUUAUUACAGGCGACAGGUUUUUUCUUUCCAUAUUGGAUCAAACAUAAUUCAACAUCAGACUGCUUCAGGGGAAUCGCUUUCAAUACAGCGAAUUGUAAUGGCACGAUAGAAGAGGGACUUGGUACCACAGCUCUUGGUCUUCAGGCUACUGCGUUCAUUAUUAUCGCUCUGACAACAGCGGUCAUCAUGUAUUCCAUUUGUUGUAAUAAAGACGGCCUGGUUAAAGUGGGAUGUUGUACAAAAUUUGGAGUGGGUGUAUUGUGUUUAUAUCCUGCUGCAGGAAUAAUUGGCUUUGCUGGGUGCAUGCUUGUUGCCAGCGACUACAAAGACCACGAGAAGGGCUUCAGCUUUUAUCUCUCCCUUGCAGCAUCAUGUUACGUGAUGCUUUUGAGCUUAGUCUUCUGCUGUUUCAUAUACAAAAAUGCAAAGCAAGAAAAAGGCACAGAUAAUAAGGAAGGGAGAGUGAAUAGAAGCUAUGUAAGCAAUGAGGUUGCCCAAUAUGAUGAAUCUAGGAGCAGUCAGGAUAACAGAGUUAUGGUAUCUUCAGGAGAUGGGGGUCUUGUUUUGGGUCAUGUGCAUGAGGAACACCAUGUGGAAAUUAGCAACAGAGGGAGCAUUAUAAUUAGCACGCGACAAUUCGCAAGAAUUUUCCAUAUCAAAUGAACCCUGCUUCCAGACAAAUUGUUUCUGUUUAAAAUAAACUAAUAACAACUGUGACUCUAAAAAUCAAUCUUUUAUGUAUAUAUUUGAGCAUGACUGUUUUGGAAUACUUUCAGUGAGAACAACGUUUAACGAACAGCUAUGAUAAAAGAAAGUAUAUGGUUAUUUAAAU